CUUGGUUUGUACGCUGGAUUACAUCCGUCUAACAUAGGCUUUAGUGCUGUGACCUGUAUUCUACAUUGACAUUUCUAUUUUAUUUAUAUGUUAUCUGUGAUUUCUGUGCUCCCUAAUCUGUAGUGGAAGUGGAAGUGGAGGUUAUAUUAUUAACUUUUAUAAUUUUUCAUAAAUAAAUAUAUUUAAUUUUUAAUGGAAUACAGCAUUGGUACUGUUAUAGUUUCUCCUAUAUUUUCCAACAUUACUUUUUUAUAUACUACUUGUUUUUGAAUUCAUAAAUCUAUGGAGGAUAUUGUUAGAACUUAACUUCAUUUUAGAUAGUACUCAGAGCAGAGAUCAGAUAUAUUUUGUGGUUUAAUUCAAGAGAGGAGCUAUACUUUAAAUUAUAUUACCUUCGUAUCUUCUCUACAAAAAUCUCCAAGUUAUGUAAAUAUUGUUUGCUAAAGGCUCUAAAAUUCUUAUCAAUAUGAAGAUGUUAAAACCUUUGUGGAUACUGAGACAUGCCAGACGGAGAAAAUCAGCUCGUAAUGUUACCACCUGGUCACCACUGGCCACUGCAUUUAAUACCAGACCAACAUCUAGGCCAAUCUUUGAUUCGCUAAGGGAAAGAACGGGUUUAUUUAAUAAGCCAGAGCUGACGACUUUUGAGGGUUUCUACACACUAAAGGAACAAGCCAUAGCAGCUACUGAUCGUCUGAUUGAGGAGGCUACAAAUGAUCCCAAAAGGCCCAUGGUGGAGAUAUUUGAUGAGUUGUCAGAUACUCUGUGUAAAGUAGCAGACCUUGCUGAGUUUGUUAGGAUUGCUCAUCCACAGCCUCACUUUGCAGCUGCUGCUGAAGAUGCUUGCAUUAGUGUUAGUGGAGUUGUAGAAAAGUUAAAUACACAUAAGGGUCUCUAUGAGGCUUUGCGUGAUUCUGUGAAACGUGGGACAUCUGGUGAUCAGCACUUGGCAGAACUUUUCCUCUUUGACUUUGAACAGAGCGGUAUUCAACUGGAAGAAGGCCCGAGGAAGAGGGUGGUUGCCCUCAAUGACCUAAUCUUGCAAACAGGGCAACGAUUCAUGGCUGGGGCAGCAAAACCAAGAAGGGUUCCAAGGAGUGCUGUUCCAUCUAAUAUUAGGCAAUUCUUCAGCAGUGAGGGCGAUAACAUAGUGGUGAGUGGCGUAUACGCGGAAUGCGGCGAGGCAGCGGCGCGCGAGGCUGCGUACCGGCUGUACCUCGCGCCCGACGCGCAACAAGAGGAGCUGCUGUGUACUGCCCUCGCGGCGCGCCAGGAGAUGGCGGCCGUGUGCGGCUUCCACUGCUACGCGGACAGGGCAAUAAAAGCGAGCACAAUGGAGACCGCUUCCAACGUGCGUCAAUUUCUGGACAUACUAUCAGAUAACCUUUACGACCGUGCCAAUAUGGACUUCGAAGCGAUGCUCAAGAUGAAACGGCAAGAGACUCCAUACCAAGAUCAGCUCAUGUGCUGGGACACGCCAUACUUCACGCAUAAAGCUAAGACGCAGCUGCUGAAUGUUGCCAACUCGGAUUUCAGUCCGUAUUUCUCACUGGGCGGUUGUAUGGAAGGCCUGAACAUGCUGUGCCAAGAGCUGUACGGGAUAAGUCUGAAUUCAGAAGAAAUGCUACCAGGUGAAUCGUGGUCUCCGGACGUAUACAAACUGGCCGUAGUGCAUGAGAGCGAAGGUUUACUGGGGCACAUCUACUGCGACCUAUACGAGCGGCCCGGAAAGCCGCACCAGGAUUGCCACUUCACCAUACAAGGCGGCAAGCUACUGCCCGAUGGCACUUACCAGAACCCGGUGGUGGUAGUCAUGCUAUCCUUAAGCGGCGGGCACCGCUCCGGGCCAGCAUUGCUCUCAGCGGCGGCGGUAGACAACCUGUUCCACGAGGUGGGGCACGCGAUGCACUCGAUGCUGGGCCGCGCGCGCUACCAGCACGUGGCCGGCACGCGGUGCCCUACCGACCUCGCCGAGCUGCCCUCCGUGCUCAUGGAGUACUUCGCCUCGUGCCCCGCGGUGGUGAGUCGGUUCGCGCGCCACUUCCAGACGCGGCAGCCCAUGCCGGAGAAGAUGUUGCAUCGGCUCUGCGCUUCUAAAUACUUGUUCGGCGCCAGCGAGAUGCAGCUUCAGGUGUUUUACUCAGCUCUGGACCAACAGUACCACGGGCCGCGCGCGCCCGCCGCCACUACGGAGGUGCUACGAAACGUACAACAGCAGUACUACGGCCUGCCAUACGUCGAGAAUACGGCAUGGCAACACCGGUUCAGCCACCUGGUGGGGUACGGUGCCAAGUACUAUUCGUACUUGAUCUCCCGCGCCACCGCAUGGAGCGUGUGGCGCGCCGCGUUCCAACCGCAACCGCUCGCCCGCGCCGCUGGCGACCACCUGCGCCGUGCCGUCCUACGACACGGCGGCGCCACGCAUCCGCAGGUGUUACUGCAAGACUACUUGGGGUGUGAAAUAACGCCGCACUCGCUUGCCGCCGCUCUAGCCGACGAACUGGACUGCCACCGCGACCAUCUCAACACAGUGCUCAAUAUGCUGGACAAGUGAACUUGAGACUACCCUACCACCCUCAACAUAGGUCCAUUUUACCUAAGCAGCAGCCAGCGGAGUCGGCCUGCUUCGACUCGCAAAGGAUUCGGUUGAUGAAGAUUGAAUAAAAUUUUAGUAAAUUGUAAAAAUAAUAAAUUACUUAAUAUUAUCUCAACAGGUGCUUCGGAAUUUCUCAAUUAUCUCGGACAGCAGUUUCGAUCGAAAAUUCACCAUUUUUAUUUAUUAGUAUAGAAUGUAACAUCAAAAUAUGUCAAGAGAUCUGUAAAUACACAUAUUUGUUAUUUAUUUCAUAGUUUAUACAGUGGAGACGUAAAAAUAAAACAACCAGAGAAAAUUAUAAA